AUCUAAAGAGCAUAACCCAACACACAGUCACAAGCCUACAACUAUACACACACAUGUACACAUACAUACACACACAUAUUUAGGUAAUGUACAUAUGUCAACAAGCUGUUGUGAUACGGAAAUAUCAAGGGAGCUAACUUUGUAAGAACGGUAUGCGUGAGUGCUUGUCUAAAUGGAGAGCCAUCGAGAAGCAAAUGUAAAGUGAAAAGAAGAGGGUGUGAAAGAAAGAAAACAACAAACAACUGAUUAUGUCUGCUAAAAUAUUCUGUUGAUAGAAUGGAGGAACUGUAUGAGUAUGUGAGACAGCUGAACCCAGACAAAUCCAAGGAUGUUCUCUAUGGAGAAACACUGAUAUCAGAACAGCAAGAUGACCUUUUUGAUACUCUCAUCAACGGAUUGGUUGAGAAACCUAGUGGUGUAGCUGAAGCCACUAAACUUGUCUACCUCUUACGGAAUGCAGGUCUUAAUAUCAAUCACCCAAAUGCAAAAGAUGGAUCCAUUCCACUUUUGACAUAUCUGCAAAAUGGGAAAGAAAUUGAUGCCAAUUUUGUUGAGGCCUUGUUGCGGUGUAAUGCAGAUGUGUAUGCUGUUAAUCAGGCGGGUAUCAAUGUCCUUGAUGAACUCACAAGAAGAAAAUCCACAUUGCAAAACAAUGUCAAAAAUGUGUUUGAAAAAUAUAUGCCUGGGAUGUGGAAUGCUGUUGAAAACGAUGAUUUGAUGAGUGUGCGACGUUUAGUUAAUCAGUGGUGCAGAACAGAUAUAGAGAAGAAUGGAAAAACUUUGGUACAACUUGCUAUUGAGCAUGGUGUUGAAAAUAUGGAUCGUUUAGUCAGUGAAAUAAAUCCAUCUAUGGAUUUGGCCCAUGGUGUGCUUGCUGAUGACAUAAUUCUUGUCAGUGAAGUUAUUGAAUCCAAAAAACCAGUGAAUAUGAAUUUUCGAAAUGGGGUAAGAAUUAUUAUACUUUGCUAUGAAUUUCUGAAUUAUUUUUCAUAAACAUCUUAAUAUUUU